GCUCCGACUGCAUGAAGAAAAAGUCAUUAAAGAUCGGCGUCACCACCUUAAGACGUACCCAAACUGCUUCGUUGCCAAAGAACUCAUUGACUGGCUGAUUGACCAUAAAGAGGCCUCAGACCGAGACACAGCAAUUAAACUGGUGCAGAAAUUACUGGAUCACAGCAUUAUUCACCAUGUCUGUGAUGAGCAUAAGGAAUUCAAGGAUGUCAAACUAUUCUACCGCUUCCGAAAAGACGAUGGGACAUUUCCAUUGGACAAUGAGGUGAAGGUGUUCAUGAGAGGACAAAGACUUUAUGAAAAGCUGAUGAGCUCUGAAAAUACCCUUUUGCAAGCCAGGGAAGAGGAAGGAGUCAAGUACGAACGGACCUUUGUGGCAUCAGAGUUCAUUGAGUGGCUGAUCCAGGAAGGAGAGGCCACAACACGGGCUGAAGCGGAGCAGCUCGGCCGCAGGCUUUUGGAGCACGGGAUUAUACAGCACGUGUCCAACAAGCACCAUUUUAUGGACAGCAACUUGCUCUACCAGUGCCGAAUGAAUUUCCGCCGGCGGCGGCGAUUAAUGGAGCUCCUCACUGAGAAAUCUCGCUUGAUGCCAGAAAGCCAUGACAGUCCAUUUUGCUUGCGCAAGCAGAACCAUGACAACAGAAAACACACCAGUUUUCUCUCAGUGAGUCCCACCAAGGAGAUCAAGAUCGUGUCGGCGGUCCGGAGGAGCAGCAUGAGCAGCUGUGGCAGCAGCGGGUACUUCAGCAGUAGCCCCACGCUCAGCAGCAGCCCCCCCGUGCUCUGCAAUCCGAAAUCCGUAUUAAAGAGACCUGUGACUGCUGAUGAGCUCUUGGUGCCUGGAGCCCCAUACGUAAGAAAGACUUUUACGAUCGUCGGUGAUGCGGUGGGCUGGGGCUUUGUGGUGAGGGGGAGCAAGCCCUGCCACAUCCAGGCCGUGGACCCCAGUGGGCCGGCAGCCGCAGCUGGGAUGAAGGUUUGCCAGUUUGUCGUAUCUGUCAAUGGCCUCAAUGUUCUCCACGUGGAUUACAGGACAGUGAGCAACCUCAUCCUGACUGGCCCUCGAACAAUUGUGAUGGAAGUGAUGGAAGAAAUAGAAUCCUGA